GGUGCUUUGUUACCGGCUGGGCUGAAACCACGACAGACACUUAACUGAAAGUUGGAAGACAUAGCCAGAUUCUCUUCUGGCCAGGGCAAGCAAGCUAUCCUCCGGACUGCUAUGCUCCAGCAUGGUGGGUGAAUAAAAACAAGGACAAAAAGUGGGCUUGCAGCAGCCAAAGCAAAGAAACAAGGUGGUAGAUCAGAUCAACAUCAUGACAUGACUAUCAGCAAGAGCAAAUUGCAUGCUUGCUUCAUCAAUUAGCUGGUAGGAAUGAGCUGCCAGUCAGUGUAAAUCAUACCUUUCUCUUCAGUUGGCCUUGGUGUGAUUGGUCCUUAAAGGUGUAGUUAGGCUGCUGGCUGGAGAACUUUAAUGGUUAGCGGCUAGCACUUCUGACUGGUCAAUACAUAAACAAAACACCAUAGAUUCAGGGAAGGAAAAAAAAAAAAAAACAGGACUGUAAAACAAGUGUACUAAAGCAUCCAGUUCCCUGAUGAGUGGGAAUAACAUUAGCUAUUCCAUUACAAGUCAUAAGUGGAGUUGAACCAAGGUCUGAACCCUUUGUUUUGUUAGGAAAAAUCAAGUAUAUAGUAGCCAAGCUGUGAAUGUCUUUUCUGCAAACCUAGGACCCACAGUGAGAAUGCUUGCCUAACAGUUGCAGGAGUGAGGGAGGAGGAAGAAUGUUAACUGCGUGAUGGCCAGACGUGGAAAUCAGAUCAGGCUCCUCAAACAGGUUUAAGAGACUUUAGGCAUUUGUGUACAAAAGUUAGCUCAUUCUGUAUUUUCUGAAAAUAUCUUGUAUUUCUUGCACAUUCUGAUAUUGAAAUGAUCUUUCUCCCCCCCCCCCCCCGAUAGGGCUAUGGGGCCCAAUCCUAGCAUGAGAGAGAAUACACACAUUUGAAACUCUUCUCCAUCUUUACAUACAUAAAUUCAGAGGGUUCUGUGAAAACUGGAUUACAACACACUUUUAAAAAUGCAUGAGUCCUUUAAAUGCAAAUCCUUUCUCUGAAUUGAAAAGACUGUAAUUGAAUCUUCAUCUAAUUUGCAUGCUUAGAGAAAGCAGCUGAGCUAUUAAUCAUCAAAAAGAUGUAAAAUAACAUAAAUAUUAAAUGACUUACUAUGAUACUUCUUCCUCUGAGAUAAAUAGGCGAGCAUGUGCUGAUAACAGCUAUUUGGGAUUGGCAUUGCCUUGCAAAUCUAAGGCUUUCAGGAGCCCAUGAAAAGCUGAGUAAAAAUUGUGAGUUCUUGAGUUGCGAUGUAUGCAUUAUUUUCUCUCCUUUUUGUAGCAAUUGCUAUAAUUGAAUCCAUGGCAGGACUUCUAGGAAAUGGAGCUGUUUUGGCUGUCUGUUCAACUAGCUGCAUCAGGAGCAAAAUAUUGUCCUCGUAUGAUAUGAUUAUGAUCUUUCUGAGUUUAUCCAGAUUCUCUUUGCAGUCCUGGAUGAUGCUGGAUUUGUUCCUAAGUCUGUUUUGCGAAACCUCCUAUUACGAAGAAAACUUGUUUGUAAUUUUCAAGACAGUUUUUAUGUUUCUGAACUACUCCAGCCUCUGGUUUGCUGCCUGGCUUAGUGUCUUCUAUUGUACCAAGAUUGCUAGUUUUACUCAGUCUUUCUUCAUCUGGCUGAAGCAAAGAAUUUCCAGUCUUGUGCCCUGGAUGCUGAUAACAUCAUCUCUUUUCUCCUUUGCAAUGUCUCUUCCUUUUGCCUGGGAUGUCUACGACGUGCACAACAACUUCACUGCUCCUUUAACCAUGACAAACUCUUCAGAAAGGAGAGUCACUAUGAAAGCUAGUUUUUUUUUAUUGAUUCUUCUCUGUAAUGCUGGUGUAGCACUGCCUUUAAUAGUGUUUGUUGUUUCGAGUAUCUUGCUGAUUAGGUCUCUGUGGAUACACACCAGACAGAUGCAAAAUAAUGCAACUGGCUUCAGGGAUGCCAGCUUAGAGGCCCAUGUUGGUGCCAUCAAGUCAAUCUUUUCCUUCCUUAUCCUCUAUGUUACAUAUUUUAUUUCUUUGGUUCUCAUUUUAUCCAACAUUUUUUUACCUUUAAGCAUUGGGGAAGCCAUGUGUUUAGCUCUAAUGGCUGCUUGUCCUGCAGGACACUCUAUGGUCUUAAUCUGGAGCAACCCCAAAUUUCGAGAGCUGCCAGCUAGGAUUUUGCACCAUGCAAACUGUCAUGUCAGAACUAGAUCCAUGUAAAAGAUGCUGGGAUAGCCUGGGCUUUCUAGUUUAGAUCCAAAUUAAUUAAACUGAACUCCCCAGAGGUAUAAAAUAAUAGAAGCAUGAAUGAGUAGAUUAUGGCCCUGAUCUGGAAUCAUGAGGCUGGGAAUUUGCUUUACUUGGAUGUGAUCCUUGUAAUGAGGAAUUCUGUAAGUUCUCUCCUAUUUUAAAAGAUGAUUGCCUGCAGAAUAUAUGUACUGUACUUGCUGUACUUUAUUUAGAAAUCACCAAUAUGUAAUCACUUGAGAUGGUUUAAGUUACAAAUCAGACUCUAAUGAUAGUAACAGAACAGACCUGCUUAAGCACAGGCAUGCUCAAAUUUUAUAUGUGAAUAUGAAGCUUGAAGGCUGUUUCUGGUUAGUGCAAGCACAUAUGAGGAUGCUAAGGAAUUCCCAAGAAUUUGGGAGUUUCUUACUGGUCAUUUUUGACUGCUUGUUGAUUCUAUUAGAAGAAAAAUAUUUGUUGGUUCUAAAAGCAUCUUUAAGAUUCCAGUAUGAUUCAGUAAAGCAUGACACAGCCUUUUGCGCUUCCUGCUGUUGCUGAACUAGUAAUCAGUGUCUCUGUUCCCAACAGAAAGAUACAUUGGAAGACUCUCCAAAAUCCUGUGACUAGAGCUAAUAGGAAAAAGAAUUUCCUUAAUAUCAGACUUUUCUGAAGAAUGAAUUGAAAGGUUAAUUUUUGGCUUUUGCUAGGGAGAAUAGAUUCCUCAAAUC